GGUCGUGACUUAAAUUUAGUUCGUUACUCAUUAAUCUUCUUUGUUAUCGGUAUUAUUUCCUAAGUUUUUUAUUGCUUUUAGUUGUUAUUUAUUUAUUUAGGAAAUGUUUAAAUUAGUGCGCAUUAAUACAGAGGAGCCAAAUGAAAUUCAGCUUCCGGAAGGAACGUAUUUAAUCGGUAGAGAUAAAUUAAUUGGAUUCGACGAUAAACGAUUGUCUUACAAUCAGGGUCUCAUAAUCGUUAAAGAGGAUAGCAUCACUAUAGAAUCGUCGCAACGAAAAAUAUACCUAACUAAAAAAGGUUCCAAAGAAAAGGAGAUAUUAAAUAAGACUUUCAAGACAACAUUAGAAUUUGGUGAUCAAUUUGGGUUUUUAGAAAACUCCUAUUGGUUUGAGUUACAAAGCAAUGAGCCUAGUCAAAGAGCACUGAAGGAAAUAAAUGUAAAUACUUCAGAGAAUUCACUACACUUCACAAAAGAAUCAGUGGUUCCUAAGAGUCCAUUAGACAAUGAAAAGCUGAGGAAGAGAAAAAAGGGAGAAUCUGACAAUUCAAUAAAUGGGAAAUCAAAGAGGAGAAGGAAAGAAGAAUCAGAGGAAGAGGUGUCUGAUGAACAGUGCAGUCAGGAGUUUCAGAGUGAUGAAUUGAAUGGUUCUAUGAAAGAGAACAAUAAGCCUGUGUCAAAGCGUGAACGAUGCGAAUAUGGAGGAAACUGUUAUAGCCUGCGCGCACUCCGCCCCAACCCUGCGCAUAAAGCGCACAUCGCCCAGUACUCGCAUCCACGCGACGAUGAUUGGGGCACGAAAAAAAUAUGUCCGCAGGGGAUCAGGUGCGAAAAUCGGGACGUGAAACACUUAAGGAAUUAUAAGCAUCCGACAGAGUAUAUUAGGGUUAGAAAAUAUCAGCCAGGUAAAAAUACUUCUGACUCUGAUUCUGACAGCAGCCAGGAAUACCGCAGUGAUCGCUUGCUAAGAGCCAAGCGGGAAAGGAAACCUCCGCCUAAGGAAGAUCUAGAUCUAGGUGAUCUAGAGGGCUCAGAAUCGGAAGAAGAAGAUCCUUUCGCGAGUGAUGGCAGUGAGGACUGGACGCCUGAACCAUAGACCUAGUAAUCGUUUUAAAUCUUGAAUGUAUUUUUUAUUACUUUUUUACGCGCCAGAUAGGAUGUAUUAUGUAUUUAUGAUUGUAUUUCACCUUCAAGUAGGUUUUAUUGACGUUUUUGUAAAAUAAAAGUUGUGAUAUUAA